CGAGCAUCCAUCACUGUUGUCCCAUGAACCUCCCACUCACAAUGAACUCAAGAGGGUUUCACUGUGAGCAACACAGGCACAUAUGGUGUGGAUUCACAAAAAUGAAGGAGGUGGUUCCUCUCCUCACGGAGAUGGGGCAAGAUAAGAUGGACAUAUCUCAAGUCAGCUCAGGAAGUGGCUUAUCACAGAGGAUGGACAGCAUGAACAAAAAAGGAAAUGCUCUCCAGGGCUGGCCAUAGGUGGGAAGGUUGUGAAGCCCUUAGCUGAAGGCUGGGGCACAGGUGACAUCCUCAAUCCAUGGCCAGGGAUGUGUCUCCUCACUGGGAGUGAUGGGAACCUGCGCCCCUGAGUCCUGGACCUUCUUCAGAGCACUUCCUGUACCAGUUCAAAUGGAGCCUCUCAGGGGAGCAGGAAGCAGAGGACAGAAAGCAGAACUUGUCAUGUGAACACUGGGCUUUCUAGAAGAACACUGCCCCUCCUCCUCUUGGGCUUGCUGUGGGCAGGAGACAUCAGAACUGAAGAAAUGACCCCAGGAGUGAUGGGAGUGUGGCUGCCUUCAGCCCUGCUCCUCUUGCAGGUCCCAGGCUGUGUCCCUCUGCAUGGCCCCAGCAAGGUGACAGGCACAGUGGGGGAGUCCCUGAGUGUGCGGUGUCAGUACGAGGAGAAUUACAAGACUAACGACAAAUACUGGUGCAGAGUGUCACUGGUACUAUGUAAAGAGAUUGUCAAGACCAGAGCCUCAAAAGAAGCUGGGAAUGGCCGAGUGUCCAUCAGGGACCAUCCAGCCACCCUCACCUUCACAGUGACCUUGAAGAACCUCACCCUGGAGGAUGCAGGCACCUACAAGUGUGCGGUGGACAUACCGUUUAUCAGUGGCUCCUCAUGGGAAAUCGAUCCCACCUUGGGGAUCAAUGACUCCUUCAAGGUUGUGGUGUCCGUGGACCCAGGUAAGCUCCCUUCAUGUCUGGGCACCCUGAGUCCAGGUCCGUCAUUCCCUCACAAAGGAAGGAAUCCAGAUACAAUAGUAUGGUGAGCUUGGUGAAUCAGUGACUCAGGCCACAGGGGGUGUGAUUCCACUUGUACCAGUCUGAGAGCAUGUGUGGUAUGUGUGAUAGUGUAUGUACACCAAUAUAUGUGUGUGCGUGUACACACAGGCACAAUGGGGAACCUGAGUUCUUAGAAACUCUCUUUUUAUUACAUACAUACAUUUAUAUAUUUAGUUAGUUAGUUAGCUAGUUAGUUAGACAAGCCCUGGUGUGUGUCAGUCAGAGAAUUCGCACUUAGUUCUCCCACCACAGUGUGGUACUGGGGCUCUAAAUCAGGUCUUCAGGUUUGACAAGCAGGGUCCCCACCGAGCUGUCUCAUCAACCAAUGUUCGAGAUUCUCUGAGUGUCCCAUGUGACAAUCUGAGGCCCAGAGACAAGCCAUGGAUCAGUGGCUCUUUGUGACUUCCUGUCCUGAUAGCAGACAAGUCCUCUCUCCCAGGUCUCACUUGGUCCUGUCCCCUCUCAUGUGGGAACAGUACCCAGCCUAUCUACUCCCCUUCUUCAGAGGAUGCCCUGGGCUGAGACCGAGUGGACACUUCCCUUCCAUGGAGGUCCCAAGGUGCCAGCCUCAUCACAGUGGUUCUGGGGCUUCUGAGAGGAACCAGAGACACAAGAAGUGUAGAUUAUAUAUCGGGCUUCUUGAUUCCUGAGAAAUCCAUUCAACCCGUCCAAGUUCCCCUACAUUCCCCUUUCUCAGGAACCAUUUACUGCAGUAAGAAUCUCAGAGAAUUCCCCAAAAGUGCCCCUUCCCAGCAAAGGGUGAAGCUGGAUGGAAGA